AUGGAACCUGGUCCACAACCUUUGAUCCUCCGACGAUGGAAGAACCAUCUCCCACACGACGCCGUACUCAACAUCUUGACAAGGCUACCGGUCAAGUCACUCCUAAGAUUCAGGUGCGUUUGCAAACUCUGGGACUCCUCAAUCACUAGUCCUAAUUUCAUCUCCACCCACCUUAAUAUCGUCAACAACAACGAUGAUGAUGAUGAUCAUGCUUAUCUCAUACAAACCUGUAUUCAAUAUAAUGCCUUUAAGAUUCCAAUGAUCUGUAAGGUUCUUUGUUGUGACCGCACGUUUGAUUCGCUUUUUGAGUAUUCAGUUCCCUCUGUUUUUGCUUUAAACAUGUCCGAAAUGGUCGGUUCGUGCAAUGGUUUAGUGUGUCUCGCUCAACGUGGAAAGCUUUCCACUACUGGUGAUGCUAUAUAUUUGUGGAACCCCAGCGUUAGAAAAUUUAAGAGAUUGCCUGAUUCAUGUUCUAAUGGCCAAGAUUUUUGGUUUUCUAUCGGAUUUGGUUAUCAGUCCAAGACAAAUGACUACAAAGUUGUAAAGCUUUGGGGUACUCCAGUUGUGGCUGAGGUUUACACAUUAUGCUCUGACUCGUGGAGAAAGGUUGAAAUCUCGUUGAGAUCCAAAGUUGUGGUCUCCGGUAUCGAACCUUCUUCGUCUCCCCUAUUUUUUAGUGGGGCUUUGCACUGGAUUGCUUAUCAUAGUGAAGGGGAAGUGGAAUUCCAAGAUCCAACGAUGAUUUUGUCAUUUGAUGUCGAUAAUGAGAAAUUCGGAGAGAUGGCACUCCCUGCUGGAGAUAAAUUGUCUGAGCACAGUCUGUUUGUGUUCAAGGGAAAUGUGGCUUUCAUUUCAUGUGGAUACGCAGAAAACGAUGAUGACUUACAGUCAGACUCGCAAUGCUUCAUUUGGGUAAUGAGGGAUUAUGGUGUAGAUGAAUCAUGGAAUAAACUUUUGUCCAUCCGGUUUGAAAAUGCUGAUAUAAUUUUCUAUGGUUGCACUGAACAUGGUGAACUUCUACUUGAUAAGAAAGUCAAGGAAGAAUCUAAAUAUGGUGAAAUAAAAAUAGAUGAGUCUAUGAUUCUUUCAGAUGACACUGCGAUUGUUUCACUAGACCCUGAAACUUUACAUGAGAAGGACCUUGGUAUCCUACGAUAUGUUACACGUAUAGUUACUACGUUCAAGGAAAGCCUUGUGUUACUUGAUGGAGCAACCGGGCUAUCUGGAUAAGAAGUGAAAUCAUUAGUGAUAAUCAUUGCAUUUUGUUAGGUAAGUGUUGUACGAUUGAGACCAUUCUCAUGUUGUUUACUUUGGUAUCAUUUUGUUUUGCCAAAGGCAUAAUGUACUGAUAUGAUGUAGGUGAACUUAAUUUAGAUGUAUAUCAACCCUUUAUGCUUGUGGUGAUUUCAUGAAAGAACAUAUAACAUUUUAAUUCCUA